CGGGUCACGUGGUGGCGAUCCCGGGCGCUGAUUGGUCAGAACCGCUCUGUUUUAUUACACGGCGUGGUGUUUCCGGGGACGUCUCGACAACUUUUACCCAAACUUUUGGCGGCGAAAUUUUUCCCGAAUUGCGUACAAAACAUGAGGAGUGUUCCCUCGGACCAUGGAGUCUACCCAGAGCACAAGUAGUGGGCAUGAGCGCCGCAAAAUGGCCGCCAACGGGCGAGGAACAGUUGCAUUGACGCCGCUGGAAAGGCAGGACCUAUACGAGUUGGAUAGUCGCUUGUUCGGGUUCCUGCGCUUAGAAGCGGACGAGAAUGGAGCGGCGAAGAAGUCUCUACUCCUGAAGGGCAUUUCGUACCUGGAGCAGGAGAUACGGAAGGCAGGUGACCAGGUGGACCCGCAGCUGUACUGCCAGCUGGGACACUUUCACCUGCUGUUGGAGGAUUACCCCAAAGCAAUGUCGGCUUACCAGAAGUUCUUCAGCCUCAAGGAAGAUUACUGGAAGGAUGCCAACUUCCUCUAUGGGCUGGGGAUGGUCUACUUCCACUUUGGAGCCUUCCAAUGGGCGAUCAAGUCGUUUCAGCAGCUGUUGUACAUCGACGCCAGCUUCGCGCAGGCCAACGAGGUCCACCUGCGACUGGGGUUGAUGUGUAAAAUCAACUCCGACUACGAGUCUAGUCUCAAGCAUUUCCAGCUCGCCCUGAUUGACAGUAACCCCUGCACCCUGUCCAAGCUUGAAGUUCGCUUUCACAUAGCACAUCUAUUUGAGAUCCAGCACAAGCUGAAGCAGGCUAAGGAGGCAUACGAGCAGAUUCUGGUGGAAAACCCGUCGGCUUCUGUCAAGGCGAACACCCUCAGACAGCUAGGCUGGAUGCACCACAUCGCUGGUGACAGUUUUGGAGACAAGGCCAGUCGCGAGGCACAGGCCAUCCAGUGCCUGCAGAAAUCCAUCGAGGCCGACCCUGACAACGGACAGUCCUGGUACUUCCUAGGAAGGUGCUUUUCCAGUGUGGGGAAGGUGCAUGAUGCUUUUCUCUCGUACCGUCACUCAAUCGACAAGACGGAGGCAAGCGCUGACACCUGGUGCUCCAUUGGCGUUCUGUACCAGCAACAGAACCAGCCAAUGGAUGCACUGCAGGCGUACAUCUGUGCGGUACAGCUAGACCGCUCACACACGGCAGCCUGGACGGACCUGGGCAUCCUGUAUGAGGCAUGUCAGCAGCCCAGGGACGCCCUGACCUGCUACAUCCACGCAGCAAACAGUAAAAAUUCGCCCAGUCCCCAGCUAACCGACCGGGUGAAGGCCCUACAGGCCCAGCUUAGCAACAUGCCUCCUCCUCACAUGCAGAACAAACAAAAAAUCCUGCCGAGUAUUGAGGAGGCGUGGACCUUACCCAUCCCUGCCGAGCUCACGUCUCGUCAGGGCGCGCUACAGCGGAACAUUGCGCACCUCCGCGGCCCGGGGGGCGAGGCUCUGGGAUUGGUCAAUCCUCCCGGGUUGCCUGGCAACCUGACGGGCGCCAUGCCGCCGCCGCAGCCCAGCAUGCAACUCCACAGCAACGCCUUCGAAGGCAGCGCAGCCAAGAGGAGAAGGAAUAUGUCUUCCGGUGACAUUGCGACGGCCACGUGGACCCCCCCUGCCGGUGGACCAUCCCAGUCCUCCCCCCCUGCACCGCAGGGUCCCGUACCCCCCCACGGAGCACCCCCUCCCUCCUUCUACCUGAAACCCCAGCAGGUGUCCCUGCUCAGGCACCUCAAACAGACCCGUGCCACGCUGAACCCCAGUCAGUUGUUAGUCCUGGAGCAGCUGGAGCAUCAGUACAACCUCCAACAGCAGCACGAGAUGAACAGGCACCCCCCUAACGGCCCUCCACCCCCCUCAGCCUCCCUCGGCCCUCCCCCUCCCUACCCACACAAGGGGGCUGGCCCCAACAACCCCCCUCCUCGUGUCCCACCCCCCCACAACAACCCCGGGUUCCCCAGCCCCACAACGUUUGGUAACAUCCCGGGACAGUUUCCGUUCAACUCUACCUCAGCGAGCAACAACAGUCUCAGCAACCAACAACCGCCUGCCGUUAACACGCUGACGCCCAAUCCCAUGGUGCAACAGCAGCAGCACCGCAGCACGUUACCCAACAUGGCAGACCACCGCGCCGCGCUCUCUGCAACCAUGGCAACCGUUUCCACGACGAUGACCGGGAACAACAACAACAACAGCCCAAAUGUGCCUUUUCAGCAAGGUUCAUUCGGAGGAAUCCUACCUCAGAACGUAGCAGCAGCGGCGGAAAACACUAGUAGUAACGGCGUCAAUCAAAGAACAUUCCCCGUCGUUGCCCCCGGCAACAACAACAACCCCGCGACCUUACAACGGGUCAACGGGGACCAGACCAUUCUCAGCCCCCCGGGAGGGAGAGGGAUGCUGAACCCGCUGACCUUGAAGGGUUACCAAGGUAACACAGGUGUCCUCCCCAGUCUCGCUACCUCAGGUGUUGCCUCCUCUGCAGGACGCUUUUCCCCGUCUUCGGCAAUCGGAAAUCUGAACUCUGGUGCUCAUCAUCAUCCGGUUGGUGGUAACCGGGCGGGGCCUUCCACGGCAACGCCCAUCGGCAUGGCAACCAUGAACGAUGCGUUGUCGUCGUCACCCAGGUUACCACCGCAGAGUAGAGUCGAGCCCCACAGAACUCACGCAGAGUCCAAUCACAUGGCAACGAGCACAGUGAACGCUACUCGACUAUCCCCGGGUACAUCCGGCCACGGUUUGUCAAACGGUCCCGUUGUCGAAAACAGCGUCGAUACGUUCAAGACCCCUCCCCCUGUCGCUAGCUCGUCCCCCGCCCUCUUCUCUUCAUCGUCGAACUUUAACCCCUCGCAUUCGCAGUUCGUAGGUCAGAGUUCAUCGAAUCACGUUACCUCACCGCCAGCAAACAACAACGGCCAUUCCAGAUCGACCUUCCCGAAACUCGAGAGAAAGGGCAGCGCGAACGAGGAAGUUUCGCCCGUAGUCGCAAAUUCAUCAUCAUCGCCGUCGAACAAUCAUCACCCCAGCCCGUCCGUCACCGCCUCACACAAUCACGUCCCGAACGAACCACCACCGCCACAACAGAACCACGUUGGCCCGCCACCGGAAAAGCCCUUAAAAAUCAACACAGUCGCUCCCUUGAACCACAAGCUGGAAGAGUCGCUGUGUUCGCCGCGGAGGCUGAUCUAUGCAAACGCGAAGACGGUGCUGGCCACGUGCAAACUCCUGGGCAUGAACGGACUCAGUAACAACAGUAUUCUGUUCGACCGGGACAAGCCACCCUGCCCGCCCGAGCCACCCUACCCACCCCUGCCCAAGGACAAGCUCAACCCCCCCACACCCAGUAUAUAUAUUGAAAACAAAAAAGAUGCCUUCUCGCCAGCGUUACAGGACUACCUGCAGUCCCCGAACGUUCCGAUCGCCGUGGUACGGGGACUAGCGGCCGCGCUCAAGCUCGACCUCGGGCUCUUCUCCACGAAAACCCUGGUGGAGGCAAACGGAGACCACCAGGUGGAGGUUAGGACACAGAUUCUUCAGGCUUCUGACGAGAACUGGGACCCGGUAUCGAGACAGAAAGUCUGGAGAUGUGAGAGCCAUCGAUCGUACACCUCCAUCAGCAAGUAUGCACAGUACCAGGCCUCGUCCUUCCAGGAGAGUCUCAGGGAAGAACGUGAGGAAAAGUUGGGGACGAAAGACCCGUCAGACAGUGACUCUUCCUCCAACAGUACACUGGGAAGAAAGAAGAAGAACGGGUUCAAGAUGAUCAAGUUCGGGACCAACGUGGACCUUUCUGACGAGAAGAAGUGGAAAGCACAGCUGCAGGAGCUGACCAAACUGCCUCACUUCGUCAGGGUUGUGUCUGCUAGUAACAGCCUGAGCCACGUGGGACACACCAUCCUGGGGAUGAACACAGUACAGUUGUACAUGAAGGUGCCGGGCUCCAGAACGCCAGGUCACCAGGAGAACAACAACUACAACUCGGUAAACAUAAACAUUGGUCCUGGUGACUGCGAGUGGUUCGGAGUACCGGAGCCGUACUGGGGAGCCAUCCACAACCAGUGUGAAAAAGCAAACAUCAACUACCUGACUGGUUCGUGGUGGCCGGUUCUGGAGGAUCUGUAUGAGGACAACGUUCCUGUCUACAGAUUUAUCCAGCGGCCAGGAGACAUGGUCUGGGUCAACGCUGGCUGUGUGCACUGGGUGCAGGCCAUCGGUUGGUGCAAUAACAUAGCGUGGAACGUGGGCCCGCUCACGGCACACCAGUACAAACUUGCGGCCGAGCGCUACGAGUGGAACAAGCUCCAGAGCGUCAAGUCCAUCGUACCCAUGGUGCACCUCUCCUGGCAGAUGGCGCGAAACCUGAAGGUCUCCGACAGAGAGCUCUACGAAAGGCUCAAGUACACCCUAAUGAAGACCAUGCGGCAGAUGCAGGUGACGCUGGACCUGGUGAAAUCUCUCGGCCACGAGGUCCACUGGCACGGCCGGCAGAAGGACGAGGUGGCUCACUACUGCGUCGACUGUGAGGUGGAGGUGUUCAACCUCCUGUUUGUGCUGAAGCAGGAUAAGAAGCACAUUGUGCACUGCCUCGACUGUGCGCGGAAGGCCAGUGGUCGGCUGGAGGGCUUCGCCGUGCUGCAGCAGUACAAGCUCGACGACCUGGCUGACGUCUUCGACAACUUCCAACUGGCAUUGCCAGAAUCGUCUUCCCAGAGCUCCUCAUGACCUCGGGCGACCCCCGGCAUCAUCACCGACCCUUGACCUUUCCCAGCAUGCUGUUCUGCGGUACCGGAGGGCUAUACUCGACACACACAGAGAGACACGCGAGAGACAGAAACUUUUUAUGUGAAUAGCGAAGAAGAAAGAGAGACAAAUUCCCGCGGAGGAUCAAGAAAAACGGACAAGUCCGCCCCAACUAUGCAAACCUGGCUGUACAGAUAUUCGGCGGCAAAAGUUCCGCCGAGUUAUGAACUUAGUUAACCUACGAAAGAGAAGAAAGAAGAAAAGAUGCUGACGUUACCUGUCUUGUAAAUUUUGAAAUGUCCCAUUUUUUUGCAAAAAAUCGAUCAUCGACUACGACAAGUCUUUGUAUAUUUAUAUACCAGUAUCUCUCCGUGCCCACAACACGAGAGCUUUUAUACAAGUGUGAUACAGUGUUGGUAUGUAGGAUGUUUCCGUUGUGAAUUCCGUUUUGUUGUGGUAGUGUAUAAAGUGAGAAAAAACAGAUACAUUAGAACGUUAAAGUGGGCCUGUAUUAUAGUUGGAAGAUGCUAGAAAAGUUUUUCUUGUAUAGAUAUAUUUGUAUACUUGAAGUUACAAGUAGUGUGGACCCGAUCUUUUUUCGUUUUUCUACCGUUCGGUUUGAACCAUCGCUCCUCAGGCUAUAGUGAAAAAGACUUUGAUGAUUUCUUAAGAAAAAAAAACGGGAGAAAGUUGAGAAACUGUCGUUUUCGGCAUUCUCUCGUCUCCCAAAUGUCACGAUUUAUGAAAUGGGUUGCACAAAAUGAGUGUGUACGACUCUUGAUCAACCAGACAUGAUCACCAAUUGUACAUGACAUUUUUUCAUUAUUUAUGAAUACAUAUUU